GAAUCUUGGUGUCUACUUAUUAUUAUUUUACACUUGUUUCCCACCAACUCUUACCAGGUGUCAACAUCUAUUAACUGCGUCAGUAUUCGACUGAAUGGUGAAGCUAAAUAAAUACAUUUUCAGUUUCAUUUUAAAGACUGCAAAAUUAAACUAUAAAAUUGCUGAGUAGGAUUAGUGGACGCAGGGUGCUGUGAACGUUUACAACUCAAUUUUACAACAUAAUGUUGCUUUUAACUUGAUAUUGUCAGUGACAGAAGGAGGAGCUGAGCAUUUCGAUGUGUGAUAUAUGAAGCAUUUAGGUUGUGGGAGUCCUUGCAAUUAAAAAAAUGUUUAUGUUUUGAGGGAAAACAGCGUGUGUGUAAUUCACACAAAUUAUAAUGUCUAAAAAAGUAAAAAGAAAAUCAAAGGUUUCAUUUAAAAAAGUGUAACUACAUUUCAGAGGGAAUUAUUGGACUUUUUACUCCACAACAUUUAUAUGACAGCUGUAGUUACUAGUUAUUUUACAGGUUGAAAAAGUUGCUACAAAACAUGUCAUCGUCUUAUAAAAUAUUAAACUAUGAUGCAUUGUUACAGAUGAAAAUGCCCAUAAAGUUGUUAAAAUGUACACCAGCUCAACUAGCUGCGACAUUAAAAUGCUCCUCACAAAUUAAUGCAUCGAUAAUAAUAAAAUAAUCCUAUAAUGUAAUAUAUCUAAUAAUGUAAACCUCUGAAAUGGACCAUUCUGCAUAAUGAUGCAUUAUUUAACAGUACAUGGAAGACAUGAAACAUGUUAAAUUGUGAUCUUGUCCUACAAAAAGUUAAAUAUUAAAGCGAAGUCUUUUAAAGUCUGAAUGAAGUUUCUGCUUGACAGAAUAUGUGGAAGUAGAGAAAGGAACAGGUUUCUCAUUAUGCAUAAUACUUCCUCUCUGUUCGAUUUAGGUUCAUAACAUAACAAAUAUUCUAAAAUGUUUUCUGCGUGAUUCCUUUUCACUUCAUAUCAUCUUUAUAAAGUCACCUCUGUGCUGUAUGUUGAGGCUGUUAUCACGUGUUUGAACUAGAUUAUAAUGAGGCUGCAUGUAAAAGUGUCAAGCAAACAUUUUCGCUUUCAACAAAACCAACCGCAGGGUUGUUUUUUUCCCCGUCAGUGUUCAUUUCUUAGUUUCCCACGCUUCAUCUACCUCAGUUUCUUCUUUUUUUCUGCAUCUGUUCCCCCGUCUUUUUACAGCACGUCCCUUUUAUUUAUCUUCUAAAAUAUUGUUAAUCAUCUGAAGUUAAAAUGAAGAUAGCUGCCUUCAAUGCCAAGAACCUGGGAUGGAAGAAAGUCACAGACAAGACUGUCGUCUGCUACCUCACCAAGAUCAUGUCUCAGUACAGCGUGGUGAUGAUACUGGAGGUGAUGGAUAAGAGCGGUAAGGCCAUGGAGAAGUUACUUAAAGACCUCAACAACACCGGCUCCAACCGAAACCAUCCCUACUCCAUGAUCUCCAGCUGCCAGCUGGGACGAGACACCUACAAGGAGAAGUUUGUUUGUUUCUACAGAAAGGAUGAAGUGACGCUGAAAGCUUGUCACCAGUAUGAAGAUAAUCAAGCUGGAGAUGUGGACGCCUUCGCCAGAGAGCCCUUCAUUCUGCGCUUCAGCUGCCCAACUACAGUUGUGAAAGACCUGGUUCUGAUCCCAGUCCACACCAAGCCAGAGGACUCGUUGAAGGAGCUGGACGAGCUGCACGACGUGGUCGAUGCUGUCAGGAAGAAGUGGGGAACUGAUAAAAUUAUGAUUUUGGGGGACUUUAACGCAGAUGGACGUUAUCUCUCCAAGAAGAAGAAGGAAAAGAUCCGCAUCUGCGCUGCUCCCUACCAUUGGCUGAUAAACGAUGAUGUCGACACAACGUCUAGUAACUGUAAUGACCACACCUACGACAGGAUCGUGGUGUACGGACAGACCACGCUGGACGCCGUCGUCCCCGGCUCGGCCAAGUCUUUCAACUUCCAGAGAGAGUUCAACCUGACUGAUGAGGAAACGCUCAGUGUCAGUGACCACUACCCUGUGGAGGUGGAGCUGAAGACCAGCCAGAAACAAACAGCACCGAGACAAAGGAAGAUAGCUGCUCCCCGAACCACAAAGACAACAUCCACCAAAGGCCGGACUCAGGCGAAAGGAACACAGGAGAAGAAGGCCGAGCGGGCGGGACCACAGAAGAAGAAUAUGACAACAAAAAUAAAGGGAGGGCAGUCAGACACGGCAGCCAAGAGACGACGUUUGAACUAAUGAUCAAACAAUAAUUUUAAAGAAAUGUAGAGCUACAGCCAGAUUAUGUAUGUAUUUUAUCAUUUCCUCUCUCUCUCUGAAGCACUUUGUUUUGAUAACUGCUUUAUAAAUAAAGUUUAUUAUUAUUCUUAUUA